ACGUCAUACAAUAACAAGGAAGUAGCGACCAAGCAAUCGGCACCGUGGGUGCAUGGUUCGGUGAAGUAUCAUGGAGAAAUACUCCCACGUUAGAGUGAUCGGGGAAGGGUCAUUUGGUCGGGCUGUGUUGGUGCUAUGCAGAAACACUCAGGAUAAAUAUGUACUUAAGGAAAUACAGCUGCCAAAGAACCAGUCCAAAUUGCAAAGUUCAAGGAGGGAAGCCGUUCUACUGUCCAGAAUGAAGCAUCCCAAUAUUGUGGCUUUCAGGGAAGCAUUUGAAGGGGAUGGCCUCUUGUGCAUUGUUAUGGAGUACUGCGAUGGAGGAGAUCUGCUUCAGAGGAUCCAGCAGCAGAAAUCCUCUCAAUUCACUGUUGAAAAUAUCUUGAAGUGGUUCGCUCAGAUGUGUGCAGGUGCAAAACAUAUUCAUGAUAAAAGGGUUUUGCACAGAGAUUUAAAGUCCAAGAACAUUUUCCUGACUGAUGAUGGUUCAGUCAAGCUUGGGGACUUCGGCUCUGCUUGUGUUCUGAACAGCUCAAAAGCUUAUGCUCAGGCAUAUGUUGGGACGCCGUAUUAUGUGGCACCAGAAAUCUGGGACAACAAGCCGUACAACAACAAAAGUGACGUAUGGUCGCUGGGCUGUGUCCUCUACGAGCUCUGCACCCUGCGACACCCGUUCCAGGCGUCCAGCUGGAAGAGUUUGAUCCUGAAGGUGUGCCGGGGCACGUACCCUCCGCUCCCCAACCACCUGCCUUACGAGCUGCACUACCUGAUCAAGCACAUGUUCAAGACUAAUCCAAAAGACCGGCCGUCGGUGCACACAAUCCUGACCUCUCACCGGAUUUCCAGACUCCUGCGCUCUCAUCUGCCCCCACAGGUUUCAGAGGAGGAGGAAGAAAAGAGGCGAACGGGUCGAUGGAAGAAGGAAGAAGGGUGGAAAGUGGCCAAUUUCCUGGGAGAGAAGAGUUUAAUAAAAACAUCAACAAUUGAAGGCGUAGGUGAAGAUUUACCUAAAAGCUGCUCUGAGAGCUCAGAACCAAGCUGUAGGAAGCAGUGGACGGCUGAGUCACCGAGUGCUGUGCUGCAGAUGUUGGCCAACGUCAACCUGGUUUCAUCAGACAGCAUGGCUGCAGCUUGCCAGACCGGCUCCACCCAUGAAAGUGACUCGGAGGCCAGCAGGCAGAGAAAGCAAUGGGUGCGGGAACCUCCUGAGCGGCUUCUGGGCUUGCUGGAGAAGGCCCAGCUGAAUAAAGCUUUCAGCACCUUUUUAAUUCACAGAGGAGAUGACAACCCACUGGUUGGGCCUCUCUCCCGGCAUCAGGGUGAUGACACUGAUGGGCCUGAACUAGAACUAGUGGACGAGUACAGACUGCAGCCUCGCUCUGAUGAUGAGGACACGGACUUUGAGGAAGAAUCUCCUUGUGACUGGGUGGAUGAAGUUGAGAAAAUAUUUUCGGAACACUAAAGCCCCGUUCCUUCAGACCUCAAACAGAAAACACUAACUUUUCAAACGUGCCAAACUUUCUUUCUUUUUUUUCUACAACGUUAGUUUGGGAAAAGAAGUAACUUUGAACAUGUGAGUGAAAUAAUCGUGUAUGUAAAUGUUUGUUUUCUGUGAGGUGUGUGUGGUUUUCUUUUUUUAACCGAGUGGAACAUUUGCUCCGGGCGUUUUGGGACGUCGGUGAUAAGAUUCCCAGAAGACUGAAGGCUGUCUCAGAAGCUGCUCCUUGGGAAAUCAGGAAAUAUUAAGACCCACAGAAGCCCAUUUCCUCAGAUAUCAAAAGUAGACUAAACAUGUCUUGUCUUUAAUAUUAUUUGACUUUCACGCUCUUGAAUUAAACCUAACAUUGUACACAUCUGG